AUGGUGAAUAGAGGGGAUUUAUGGACGAGCUUAGGCUCAAAAGCAGCGGCCAUAUUGUUCGCCUGGGCCAUGUUCCAGAAAUACUUCCCCAGCGAAAUCCUAGACUACCUUAGUAAAUACGUCUAUCAAUUCCUACCCUUCUUCUACCCAUACAUGCAAAUCACCUUCAACGAAUACACCGCCGACCGCUUCAAGCGCAGUGACCUCUACUCAACCAUCGAGGCCUACCUUAUCUCCAAUUCCUCCAAGAACGCAAGGCGUCUCAAGGCCGAUGCUGGCUUCAACGCCCGUAACCUCAUACUCAGCAUGGACGACCACGAGCAGGUCACCGACCGGUUCCAAGGCGUCAAACUCUGGUGGUCUUCCAACAACAAAGUCUCUCCCGCACCUUCCUUCUCUUUCUACCCGGCCUCCAACGAUAAGCGCUACUACAAACUCACCUUCCACAUGCGCUACAGAGACCUCGUCACCUCCUCUUACCUCAACCAUGUCAUGGAAGAAGGUAAAGCUGUGGGAGCGAGAAACCGGCGGCGUAAGCUUCACACCAACAACCCAAAGUCUGUGUGGAGUCAUGUGGUGUUUGAACACCCGGCUACGUUUCAGACGCUGGCGAUGGAGCCUGAGAAGAAGGAGGAGAUCAUGGACGACCUCAUUAACUUCAGUAAGAGCAAGGACUACUACAAGAAGAUUGGCAAGGCUUGGAAGCGAGGCUAUCUGUUGUACGGCCCUCCCGGGACCGGUAAGUCUUCUAUGAUUGCCGCCAUGGCUAAUCUCUUGGAUUACGACAUCUACGAUCUCGAAUUGACGUCCGUGAAGGACAAUAUGGAGCUUCGGAGGCUGUUGAUCGAGACUCGGAGCAAGUCGAUCAUCGUGAUCGAAGACAUUGAUUGCUCCCUUGAUCUAACCGGCCAAAGGAAGAAGAAGAGCAAGGAGGAUAAAGAGAAAAACGAAGAUGAAGGUGGCCCAGCAGCAGCCGUUAAAGAAGAAGAGGAAAAGAGUACGGAGAGCAAAGUGACUCUAUCUGGGCUUCUCAACUUCAUAGAUGGACUCUGGUCGGCCUGUGGAGGAGAGAGGCUUAUCGUGUUCACCACAAACUAUGUGGAUCAACUGGACCCUGCUCUCAUAAGGAGGGGUCGGAUGGACAAGCAUAUCGAGAUGUCUUACUGCUGCUACCAAGGGUUCAAGGUGCUGGCAAGGAAUUAUCUGGACCUGGAUUCCCACCCUCUGUUCGAGACGAUUCAUGAGUUAAUGGACGAUCCUCAUAUAAUGAUUACUCCCGCUGAUGUUGCAGAGAAUUUGAUGCCUAAAUCCUUUGGGGAAAAUGCCACGACGGACUGUCUGGAGGCACUGAUCUGUGCUCUUCGAGCGGCUAAAGAAGAAGCAUUAGCAGCAGCGGCAGCGGCAACCAAGAGCUUUCGACGUCAAUCAAAGAAGGUAGAAUCGUUGACCAGUGGGGAAGAGGUUGCUAAGUCGAACCAGUUGGAAAACAAGGAUACGGUUUGAGGAGAGAACCAGACCGGACCAACUAGCAGUAGGAAUUCCAUACCGUCCGUUUCUAAUAUAAUAAGAGCAUUAAUAAAUGCUCCUCGUCCUCUAUAUUUAAUGUGGAGGCCCACGUUGUGUGUGUGUGUUUUCAUUUUUUUUUUUUUUUUUUUCCGGUAGAAGGCCCGUGGCCGGUGGUGGAUGGGUUUGGUAGUAGAGAGGCCUACGGUUAUCAACUUUUCAAUAUAUUUAUAGGGUUUGGCGUUUGGAUA